GAGAGAUAGAGAGAAGGUAUGUGUAAGAGAGGGAGAGAGUAAGAAAAAGAGGGAGAGUAAGAUAAAUAUUAAGAGAGUGAUAGAGAAUAAGAGAGGGAGAAAGGUAAAGAGAGAGUAAGAGAUAGAAAGAGUCUGAGAGAGGAAGUGGAAGAGAGAGAGACCUAGGAGGUGCAGCAGAAGUUGUGUGAUUGUAUCAGUGUGUACCAAAGCAACAGUUCUCUGAGGCUGAAGCAGAGCAGCAGGUUCUAUCAUCUGUCAGGCAACAGUCUGCAGGUUACGUUAUGGAUCUAGAGGAGUUUGACAAUGUGACUCUGAGGUACAACGUCACCAACUGUCCAUCUAUCGAUGAAUUCCGUAACCAGGUGUACUCUACGGUGUACUCUAUCAUCACCGUGUUCGGCCUGGCCGGUAAUGGGUUCGCCUUGUUGGUUCUGGUUAAAACGUUCCGUCAGCGUUCUGCGUUCCACAUCUACAUGUUGAACCUGGCCGUGUCCGACCUACUGUGUGUCUCCACGCUGCCGCUACGGGUCCUCUACUACGUUAAUAAGGGUCAUUGGAACCUGGGAGACUUCCUGUGCAGACUUUCGUCCUAUGCCCUCUACGUGAACCUCUACUGCAGCGUGUUCUUCAUGACUGCCAUGUCCGUCACACGCUUCCUCGCCAUCGUGUUCCCCGUGCAGAACCUGCGCCUGGUCUCAGAGCGUCGUGCCCGUCUGGUGUGUGUCUGUAUCUGGGUGUUCAUCUGCACUGUCUCCUCUCCCUUCCUCAUGACUGGUCAACACCUCCACCCAGCCACCAAUAAGACCAAGUGCUUCGAGCCUCCAGAGCGCAGAACAGGGGGCGGGCUUAAGAAGCUCAUCAUGCUCAACUACUUAUCAUUGGCUGUGGGCUUCAUCCUUCCCUUCCUGGUCAUCCUGCUGUGCUACGUCGGGAUCAUUCGGGCCCUGCUGUCACGGCAACAUACUGCACAGCGCCAGAAGGGGGCGGGGUCUAAGGCUAUCCGAAUGAUCGUCAUUGUGAUGCUGGCAUUCCUGCUGUGCUUCAUGCCGUACCACAUCCAGCGCUCCGUCCACCUCAGCUUCCUGUCCCAGACUGCCACUUCCUGUUCGGAGCUGGUGUACAUGCAGAAGAGUGUGGUGGUGACACUCUGUCUGGCUGCCUCCAACUCCUGCUUCGACCCCUUGCUCUACUUCUUCUCUGGAGAGGGCUUCAGACGACGCCUGUCAAGCUUCAGGUCCACUAUCAGGACACAGAGACAACCGCAGAGACAGGGGGCACAGCCACCGCUGGGGAGGGCAACAAAGAGAGAGAGAGAACCGGUCCUACCCAACACAGCAGAGACAAAGGGCACAGCCACCCCUGGGGAGGGGAACAACCUAUAGGGGAGAGAGAAAGAGAGUUAAUCUGUCUAGUGUCUGUGUUCUUCUGCCCAUCUUAAUAUUUUUCUUUUUUUUGGCCAGUCUGAGAUAUGGCUUUUUCUUUGCAACUCUGCCUAGAAGGCCAGCAUCCCAGAGUCGCCUCUUCACUGUUGACAUUGAGACUGGUGUUUUGCGGGUACUAUUUAACUUCUUAUGGUAUAGGGGACGCUUGCGUCCCACUUGGCCAAAAGCCAGGGAAAAUGCAGCGCGGCAAAUUCAAAUAAAAUUCUGUAAAAAUCUAACAUUAAAUCUAAGAUACUAAAUUAAAGCUACACUCAUUGUGAAUCCAGCCAACAUAUCAGAUUUUAAAAAGUAUUUUCGGCGAAUGCAUAAGAAGCUGUUAUCUGAUGAUAGUACAACAGUAAACAAAGAGGGUAGCAUAUUUCAACCCAUAUUUCAACAUGCCUUACCUUUGAAGAGCUUAUUUUGUUGGCACUCCAAUAUGUCCCAUAAACAUCACAAUUGGUCCUUUUGAUCGAUUAAUUCCCGUCCAUAUAUAUCCAACAUCACUACAAAAUAUUUCAAAAGUUACCUGUAAACUUUGCCAAAAACAUUUCAAACUACUUUUGUUAUACUACUUUAGGUAUUUUUAAACGUUAAUAAACGAUCAAAUUGAAGACGGGUCUAUCUGUGUUCAAUACAGGAAGACAACAAACCAAGCUACUUUUCAAGUCUUGCGCAACUCUCAACAGUGUUACGCAGUUCCUAGAUGGCCGUACUUCUUCAUUGCACAAAAGAAUAACCUCAACCAAAUUCCAAAGGCUGGUGACAUCCAGUGGAAGCGGUAGGAACUGAAAACAAGUUCCUAAGAAAUAUCGUUUCCCAAUGAGAAAAUCACUGGACAGAGACCUACUCCCUGUGAAGGGAGUAGUACACCGCGUUGUACGAGAUCUUCAGUUUCUUGGCAAUUUCUCACAUUUAAUAGCCUUCAUUUCUCAGAACAAGAAUAGACUGACAAGUUUCAGUAGAAAGGUCUUUGAUUCUGGCCAUUUUUUGUCUGUAAUCGAACCCAAAAAAUGCUGAUGCUCCAGAUACUCAACUAGUCUAAAGAAACCCAGUUUUAUUGCUUCUUUAAUCAGAACAACAGUUUUCAGCUGUGCUAACAGAAUUGCAAAAUGGUCUUCUAAUGAUCAAUUAGCCUUUUAAAAUUAUACACUUGGAUUAGCUAACACAACGUGCCAUUGGAACACAGGAGUGAUGGUUGCUGAUAAUGGGCCUCUGUACGCCUAUGUAGAUAUUCCAUAAAAAAUCUGCCAUUUCCAGCUACAAUAGUCAUUUACAACAUUAACAAUGUCUACACUGUAUUUCUGAUCAAUUUUAUGUUUAUUUUAAUGGUAAAAAAAGUGAUUUUAUUUUAAAAAACAAGGACAUUUCUAAGUGACCCCAAACUUUUGAAUGGUGGUGUUUUGUAACGUCUGCUUCCAACUCACAUUUUGUAACACAUAGAUCCCCUGAACGCAGCUCACUCUGCAACACACAGAUCCCCUGAAGGCAGCUCACUCUGCAACACACAGAUCCCCUGAACGCAGCUCACUCUGCAACACACAGAUCCCCUGAACGCAGCUCACUCUGCAACACAUAGAUCCCCUGAACGCAGCUCACUCUGCAACACAUAGAUCCCCUGAACGCAGCUCACUCUGCAACACCUAGAUCCCCUGAACGCAGCUCACUCUGCAACACAUAGAUCCCCUGAACGCAGCUCACUCUGCAACACAUAGAUCCCCUGAACGCAGCUCACUCUCCAACACACAGAUCCCCUGAACGCAGCUCACUCUGCAACACAUAGAUCCCCUGAACGCAGCUCAUUCUCCAACACACAGAUCCCCUGAACGCAGCUCACUCUGCAACACACAGAUCCCCUGAACGCAGCUCACUCUGCAACACAUAGAUCCCCUGAACGCAGCUCACUCUGCAACACAUAGAUCCCCUGAACGCAGCUCACUCUCCAACACCUAGAUCCCCUGAACGCAGCUCACUCUCCAACACACAGAUCCCCUGAACGCAGGUCACUCUGCAACACCUAGAUCCCCUGAACGCAGCUCACUCUCCAACACCCAGAUCCCCUGAACGCAGCUCAUUCUCCAACACACAGAUCCCCUGAACGCAGCUCACUCUCCAACACACAGAUCCCCUGAACGCAGCUCACUCUCCAAAACACAGAUCCCCUGAACGCAGCUAACGCUGCAGAUCCCAAUCACCUGAAUUCUGAUCACCUGUUCACACACCUGUAUGUCAUUAUCACACACUAUUUAGUUCAGUUCUUUGCACCCCAUCACUGUGAGGUAUUAUUUGUGACACAUGGCUUUCAGAGCACUGGGUUUCCCUGUGAUUUCCUCCUCCCGUGUAUGAUAGUUUUUACCUGCCUCACUAACGAUGCCUGUUGGCUAUUUCCUGCCUGUACUUUAGCCUAUUGGAUUUCCUGUUAUCAACCUAUUGCCUGAUCUCCCGGACUCCAUUACUAACCUUUUCCCUGCCUGUACUGUUGCCUUUUUGGAGGCCCUGUGUAUGACCUUCUGACUGCCCCUGGACCCAGCUACCUGCCACCCCCUGUGUAUGACCUUCUGACUGCCCCUGGACCCAGCUACCUGCCACCUCCUGUGUAUGACCUUCUGACUGCCCCUGGACCUA